ACUCACGCCGCAAGUAAACACAACUUACUAAUUCCUGCGCCCCUUCAGACGAGGUUAGUUUGAUUAUUCACAACUCUGAGAAAUGACCACUAUCAAAGCCAUUUGCUGUAUAGGUGCUGGAUAUGUUGGCGGCCCGACUUGCAGUGUCAUCGCGUUAAAAUGCCCGGAGAUCAAAGUAACUGUAGUCGAUUUAAGUAAGCCGCGAAUUGACUCAUGGAAUUCGGAGAAGUUACCGAUCUUCGAGCCCGGUCUUGAUGAUAUUGUAAAGAAGUGUCGUGGCAAAAACCUGUUCUUUUCAACAGAUAUCGACAGCGCCAUUCGUGAAGCUGAUUUAAUAUUCAUCUGUGUUAAUACUCCAACGAAAACCUUCGGAUUGGGAAAGGGCCGUGCUCCAGAUUUGAAGUACAUAGAAUCUGCGGCAAGACACAUUGCAGAGAUUGCUGAUGGAGAGAAGAUUGUUGUGGAAAAGAGCACAGUACCUGUUAGGGCUGCUGAGAGUAUUACAAGAAUUUUUGAUGCAAAUGGAAGUAGAGGAAAAUUCCAGGUUUUAUCCAAUCCAGAGUUUUUGGCUGAGGGUACAGCUAUCAAAGACUUGAUGGAACCUGAUAGAGUUCUGAUUGGAGGUGAACAAACUAGGGAAGGAUACAAAGCAAUCGAAGCCUUGUCAUCAGUUUAUGAACACUGGAUUCCCAAAGAAAAUGUUAUCAAGACCAACACAUGGUCAUCUGAGCUUUCAAAGCUGGCAGCCAACGCUUUUCUAGCCCAGCGAAUCUCCAGUAUCAAUGCCAUGAGUGCCAUUUGUGAAGCAACUGGUGCAAAUGUGUCUGAAGUGGCAAGUGCAAUUGGACGAGACACAAGGAUAGGAAGACACUUUUUGCAAGCCUCUGUUGGUUUUGGUGGAAGCUGUUUCCAGAAGGAUGUUCUCAAUCUUGUUUACCUUUCUGAGGCACUGAACUUGCCUGAAGUUGCAAACUAUUGGUACCAAGUAAUUGCCAUGAAUGAGUAUCAACGACGGCGAUUUGCAAGUAGAAUUGUGAAUUGCCUGUUCAACACAGUGACAGACAAGAAGAUUGCACUGCUUGGAUUUGCCUUCAAGAAGAAUACUGGAGACACUAGAGAAUCAGCCAGCAUUUAUAUCUGCAAAUAUCUGAUGGAGGAAGGGGCAAGGAUAACCGUUUAUGAUCCCAAAGUCGAAAAAGAUCAAAUCAUGUUGGAGUUGACCCAGCCUUCUAUUUCAGAAGAUCCAGAAAGAGUGGAACGUCUGAUUACAAUUGCUGAUGAUCCCUACAAGGCAGUUAAGGAUGCACAUGCUCUUGUUGUUUGCACCGAGUGGGAUGAAUUCAAGACGUACGAUUACAAGCGUAUAUACGACAGCAUGCUGAAACCAGCGUUUGCCUUUGAUGGCCGAAUGAUUCUGGAUCACUGUCACCUACAUGAAAUUGGUUUCCAAGUCGAGACGAUUGGAAAAGUUGUAUCAUCUGGGUACAUGCUACCACUGACUCCCCCAAUAGCUCCCCCUAAGGAGGAGAAAUGAACUGAUCCCUCUGGGGAGAAGUUGAGGACUUAAUGUGUAUCUAACAGUAACAGUAAACGUAAACGUAUUUGUUAUUUUUAAAUUAUUAUUUACCAUUAUUUAGAAUGUCACUGGAAUCAGUAGAAUUUGCACCGUACUCCAAACUACAUUCUUUAUUUUUAAGAAAUUGACCUUUGGGGGCAGCUGGCAAACUCAAACUCUCGAGAAAAUUGUAACUGGACACCAAAGCACUACAAUAAGUGGCUCAUUGCCCAAGCGAAACAGAGUUUGAAGAUGGAAAUUUCGGAAGGGAUGUUACACUGCGAGAAUGUAUUCGUAUUUCUGCGCACCGAAGACAAUCCAAACAUUUUCCUGCUCUGCUGUAUCUUGAAAUAUUCAAGUAGCUCUUAAAAUUAAGAUUUGAAAGCGGAAUGCAUUUUUACUCUUUAUUCGUUGUAAAACAGAGAAUUUUCUGUACAAGGAUAAACUUAAUAACUUAAUUCAAAGUACGCAGAUCACAAGACGAUAAAAAUAUUUUGAGUGUACUUAGCUUAGAGUAUAUUUUUUAAAGAUCAUGUACUUCGAGCAAUAUUGGAAAUAAUAUUUUUGGCGAAUGAAAACAAUGUUAUUGUUCUCCUGCUUAUGAAGAGAUAUCGUCGAGACUUGUGGUGUAGCAAGGCGUUGUACAAUUCAUAAAGGUAUUAAAAUGAAAUUCACUCACCUUAUCAUUCCUUGGUUAAAUAUGUAAACGAGGUAUUUAAGUUUGACCGAAUUUUUCCAAUUCAAGAGGACUGGUCUGUAGAAUUACUGCAAAAGUUUGAAGAAAAGAUGGCGAAGUGCUUUGUUCCGGGUUAGCCCAGGUCUUAAUAAGGUUAUUCUUUGAAGAUGGCUUACCUGCCUUAAACAUUGACUACUGUUUAGCGUUUGCGUGUAAACGCUUCCCAACAUUCGACUCCAGAAGAGUGAAGUGAUUAAUUAAACCUCGGCUCAAAAGCAACUUGAACCCGUUGCCUAGGAAAACAUUUAACUGUGAAAUGUAAAAACAGCAUGCACGAUUAAAUUAAUAAAUUA